UUAGAGUAUAAAUACCGCCCGAGCAGUAGUUUCAGGUUUGAAACACUAAGUAGCCUGAGCAGAUUAUGAAUCAUUGAGAGGGUGUGUGAAAUACGGACUGUUUUUUCUGUUCAACUAGUUUUCAAUUAACUGUGUACUUUAAUUGUAUAUCGGUAGUCUUAAUUACUCGACAGUAUGUUACAUCACAUGUAUGAUGUUAAACCUUCUACGGGACAACAUAGCAACAACUCUGGGAGACACAUCCGAAGUAAGAGGCGGCAUGCAGGUGAUGACGCAUUUACAUGUUCUCAGCAAUCCAUUCUUAGCGCAAUGGAUCGAUUCGUGAAUUCCGUUACAAAUAUGGACUCCACAGUUUUAGUUCCUUCACGGCUGCGAGACAUGGAGACCGAUGGAGGUAACGUACAUCAACGUCCUCCUCAAUUUAUGUCGAAAAUGGAUCUCUUUACCUUUUUUACGGCUCUUAAUGACAUCAAAAACGAACUACUUUGGGGACCUGCUAUUGGUGGAACAAAUUUAUCUUCGACUGUUUCUGGGACUGAGCGGCAACAUUUAGCCGCUACCAUGACGCGAUAUCCCUCAGAAGAAAACCCCGGACUUUCUAGUAAAAGUUCUGUGUCGGACUCAGAUAGUCAAGGAGACAGUGACGUUGAUGGUGUCAUCAAUGAUCCGGACUCUUUAACCUCCGAAGCACAAAAGACUCAUCUUGCAACAGCCUACCGCUAUCACCUACAGGGUCUUCAGACCAUUUUGCAUCAACUCUCAGAUUCCGCAGAUUACUUGUCUUUCAGAUAUCAAGAAGAAGUAGAAGCAUCAUCAGUGUAAAAUGAUUUAAAGUUCUUAGAAAAACUACUUUUUUGUGUAUAUUCUUUGUUUUCAAUGUAUUUUAAAGUUUGUAUUAUAGAUUUCAAAUUACUGAUCAGUAAAUUCCGCAAUAAUUAUGAUAGGUCAAGACUAAGGGUAAUAUGGUAAUUAUAUUGAUAAGAUAUUUUUAACUUUAAUCCAAAUUGGAGUAUACAAUAAUACAAAAUAUGUUUAAUGUGUUUUGUAAACCUCGCAAUAUAAAUAUUGCAUGGUUCUAAGGUAGUAUGUUUACAGUUGUCACUGACCGUUAUAAUUUAUAACAAAAUGACAAAUACUGAGCUGGAAAAAAGGUGCGGUAAUAUUUUUAAUUAGAUUAAAUUUUGUACUCGUGAAAAACUACAUCUAAGUUUUGUAAUGCUACUAAUGGUAAAAAAACAAACUAAAAAUUAUCACCCGCUGUUUAAAGAAUUCAUUGUAAAACUGAAUAUUAUUAUUAGUUUUUCUAGGUGGGGAGGGAGUGGUAAGUAGCGAAGAAAUUGUGUAUACAAAAGUUGCAUUCAACGUAUAUUGUGUUAAUUCUUUUUUUUUUUCUCAAAUGUUAUUUAUACAAGUAUGUAUAUGAACUUGAAGUCAGUUGCAAAUUCUGGUAUUCAAGUUGUAUGUAAAAAUUUAACGUGCCUUUUAAAAACGUUGUAGAUACUGUUGUAUACAUUGUCUUUAAAGUUUAAGCAGUUAUGGCUUGUUGUCCCGAUAGACAUUAACGGUGUUGAUGUUGUUUUAAUAUCAUUUUUGCUCAAUUAGCUUUAAUGUGAUGUAUUUGUCCCAUAAUUUGCCUCAUUAAAAUCUUUCUGAAGCUUGAA